CACACCUGCCACUCAACAAAACAUCUGAGAAAACGUCAUAAAUUCGCGCAUGCGCACUGACGGGGAAACAGAGGAACUAAAUUCUCCGGAACACCUGUUGUGCUGCGUAGAAGUUAUUUAGGUUCAGAUAUUCUUCAUCACAAGAUCAGCAGCAGCUCAGCAGGAAGAGGAAAAUUCCACAGCUUCAGUAUGAACCCAAACUUUCCAAAUCAGCCUGGACAGCCUCCUUAUGGUAACAUACCGUACCCACCUCCACAGCCAAACCAGCCGGGGUAUGGUGGCCCAGGAUCAUAUCCAGGUGGCCCAUGCAAUCCUCCCACGGGCCCAGGAUCAUAUCCAGGUGGGCCAUGCAAUCCUCCCACGGGCCCAGGAUCAUAUCCAGGUGGGCCAUGCAAUCCUCCCACGGGCCCAGGAUCAUAUCCAGGUGGGCCAUGCAAUCCUCCCACGGGCCCAGGAUCAUAUCCAGGUGGGCCAUGCAAUCCUCCCACGGGCCCAGGAUCAUAUCCAGGUGGGCCAUGCAAUCCUCCCACGGGCCCAGGAUCAUAUCCAGGUGGGCCAUGCAAUCCUCCCACGGGCCCAGGAUCAUAUCCAGGUGGGCCAUGCAAUCCUCCCACGGGCCCAGGAUCAUAUCCAGGUGGGCCAUGCAAUCCUCCCACGGGCCCAGGAUCAUAUCCAGGUGGGCCAUUCAAUCCUCCCAUGGGCCAAGGAUAUGGUCCCGGCUAUGGUCCCGGCUAUGGUCCCGGGCCUGGUCAUGGGCCUGGUCAUGGUUGUGGGCACGGUCAUGGGCACGGCCAUGGGCAUGGGCAUCGUCAUGGCAAACAUGGGAAGAAACAUGGAAAGGGUGGCAAGCAUUCUGGGAGCAGCUCUGACUCCGAUUAGAGAAAGAAGAUGUUUCAUAGGCAAAUCUCAAGUAGCCUACGAAAAACGAUUAGCUAAAUAAUACAUUGUAUGGUGAAUAAAAGGUUUUACAGUACAUAUGUGUAUAAUAUGUUCGUCAUACUUUGUCUGUCCAACUUAAUUAGUAGAUGCUUGCAACUAAACUGAGUAAACUAAACUAAGUUUAAAAAAAAAAAAAAAAAAAAAAACUUAAUUAGUUUUUCAAGUUUUCUUGCAUAGUUCCACAAAUUUCUAAUUUGGCUUUACUAUCAAUUAUGGCAUGUGUCUUACCUUUCUAUAUGUUGGGUAUCUAAGCAUGGAAUUAAAUAUGGUAAGAGUGUUCCUAUUUAUGGUAAAUGGAAAAACAGGUUAGAAACCUUCUGGCAAGCAAACUUGAAUCACAAUAUUGAAAUAGGCUUCUUUGAAAAAGGGAUCUGAUCUGACCUCUGAUGGAGAGAGAAAGUGGAUCUGCCUAAAGAGUAAAUCAUAAUGGACCAAAAGUAGACUGCCACUAUAAAAAUUCUUAGUACUUCUAACAAAAUGUUAGAACUACUGUAAUUGUAUGUUUAAUUUUUUUUUUAGUAUUCAUUCUUCUAAUCUUAAACAUGUUAAAGAUAUGAUUUAAAAAAAAGCCUUUACAGAGCUACAGCAAGGUAGCAUCUCCCUAACAAUUAAUUUAAGUGAUCCAACUAUUAGGUUGGCUAGCUAGCUUGAGACACAAAAUAUAAGCUUUUUUUUGUGCUUUCGCUUUGUACCAAGCCAAAAUGAACCUCUCUGCACUAGACGUUUCAUAAUGUAUUUUUUGGUUAACAGCAGUUCUUUCACUGGAAAGCUUUAUAUGGAUUGUUUAGAUAUGACAUUUUAAAUUUAUUUUAUUUUCAAAAAAACUCACUGUACAAUUUCAUAGGCCUAUGUGUUAUAUAAAUGUAUUAAAAUCA